CUCCAUUUUCUGUUUUUUACUACAGUUUGAGGUUCCUUAGGCUGAGCUUUAUCUCGUCAGACAAAAUAAGAAUUGAGAGCUUGAAUGUCUGCGUCAUUCAGCUCUCUUGUAUGGCCUAGAUGGGGAAAUAAAUUAUGUACUACUUGUUAACUAGCUGCACAUGUAAUAUUUACUGCCACAGAAAAUAUAUUUUUUAUUUUAGAUCAAACAUUGUGGUUCUGUUUAUCUUCUCCUGUUUGAGAACUUCCUUCUGUAAAUUGUCAUUGAUGGAAACUACCCUUUGAUUUAUUUUCUUUCACCACAUUUAGGAAUAAGAUUUAAGAUGGAAUUGAUUUAAUGUAUUAAUGAUAUAUAUUUUUUUGAUAUCUUUUAUUGUCAUGUAUACAUAGGUCAUCCAUGCAUUGGACCACCCUGUAGAAAAAAAAUGUUGAAUUAAUCAUUUCAGCCAUCACUUCCCUGGGACAACAAUCUGUAGAUGAUGGUCAUUGUCAGAUGAGAGCAGUAAAAGAUGGAGUCUACUCUGCUCCUCUUUCUAGGAAGCACGUUGUAUAUGCGUUUACACACGGUUCCUGGACCACAAUAACCGUAAACAAGACAUGUCCACAAAGUAAGAAAGCAUGAAUCGUCCAUGACCUCAGAGCUAUUAUGUAUUUCACUGUUAAGUGGUUACUUGGGAAACACCUGCCCUGAGGACUCGGGAAGGCAGAGUUGGCCGCCUUGACCUGCCCUGUACAUAGACGAUCUUCGGUAUACUGUACCCCACCAAUGUUACCUGAUCCCCUAGCAACCGACAGCUCUGUGUCAUCACAAGAGAAGGAGCAACUGCAGGUGUACUAUAGGUAAACCCAUAGCUUUAAGCUAUAAAUUGAAGAUUGCCAAAAAGCUGUUGUAUUUGUGUGUUCAGAGAAUGUGUUAUUUGUUAAAAUCCAAAGAUUAAAUUCAUUGUGUGGUUGGUUUCUGCUGCUCACAUGAGGUGUAAACCUAAAUAUGGAACGAUUGAGAGAAUGGAAUCCAAAAGUUUGUGAUGGUAUUAUGUGAUUAUAGUCAUUUUAAAAUCAUCCGCUGAUUGUUGUUUAAAAAUUGUGUAGUGCUGUUCAGUCCGUUUCCUGUUUAGUUUGGUGUUUUGCGUUUGUCUUAAUUCCUGUCUCAUUCUGUUAUCUGAUAUUGGUUUCUGUCUGCUAUGUGUUAAUUGUUAUCUCUGCCUGAUGUGUUAGCCUGUUCUGUUUAGUUAUCUUAGUCUGAUCUGUCUUGUGCAGUUGCCUGUGUUUCUCAAUUACUUGGUCUGUCUUGUCUGUUCUGUGUUUUUGAGUUCGAGUUAGAUUCUUGUCUUGUGGUUUGCACCCUGUUAGUGUCUGUCUGUCUGUGUCUCGUUUGUCUCAUCUCUGUCACCUGUGUUGCUCCCGCCCUGCUCCUUAGCUCUGUGUGAAUAUACAGUAUAUUGCCUGUGUUUCCUUCAGUCUUUGUCUGGUCAUUGUUGUGGUUGUAGUCCGUCAGGCCCGGCCUGUUUCCUGCCUGUACCUUGUUCUGUGGAUUUUGGAUUAUCCGUUUUUGGAUGUUGGAUUGCCUUGUUUUCUUGGACUGUGUUUAUUUUGGAUUACCUGGGCCAAUGAGUUUUUAUGGUUAAAUAAAGCUACAGCUGUUUCCAUGGCAACUUGGACGGAGAAGCUUUCUCAACCAAAACCCAACCGACUCAGAUAUCCAGAACGUCGUUCUGUUUACUGGCUGGACAAGCUGCCACCAGAGAAGACUGGAUCCACCAACAAAACUGAGUUGACCCCUCGCUGGUCGGAGCUAUGUAGAAGCAAAAAGUUCUACACUCAAGUCGCGCUUUCUCCCAUAUGGGAAGUAAGUGAAUGGGCUCUCAGGGCUGUUGCAUCCAAUCGGCUGUGUAGUCUGGCUCAACCUCAGGCCCCCACAGUUGGCUGGCAGCCAAACCGCCCGCUGCUGGUCCCUUUGAACAGAGCCACGCAGACGGCAGUCGCCACUACACGAAUUUGCCAGCUUGCCCAACCAAAACAAAGGCUGGUUCAUCAGGGCUCUGGCCACAAAUCUAAACCUGUACCCAUGAUUCACCUACCCUGCAAAGCAUCGGCACACAUAGAGCUCCUCGCUACCCCUAAGCAUGACCACCCGAAGUUUGAAGGAGAGCGCUCAGUUUGCUGGCUUGUCUCCAAGGCAGCGAGAAACUACUCAGCCAGCAAGAGAAUUCAUGAGCUGUCCAGUCCCAAAGACAGGAAGGCGCCGUUUGAGGGAUACGACCCGUACAUAGUUAGCCAGGCAGCCCGCUCUGCCAGCCCCUCGCCUCGAAUACUACAGCUCUGUCUGCCUAUGCCUCGCAAAUGUAGCUCAAACUAGGAAUGAUGAGGUCUGAUCCCCGGGGAAGUGUUGUUUGUUCCUCACUGUGAUGAAGUUGUUUCCAUGGAAAAUCAUGACUAAAGCCUAUUUCUUGCUCUGUUA